AUGGUCUGUAGCUCUGCAGCAAUGGCCUGGAGAGCCAGCGUUCGGGCUCGUGCCCUCCCGACCUCCCGCUGGACCCAACGACCAUCCACGAUUUUCCAGCGAGUCGAGCGCCACGGCGCCGUGAGAUACGCUUCGGAAUCGGCUGCACCUGCGCCCACCGAAGCUGUCAAGGAUGCUGCCAAGGAGACCGUUCAAGAAACCGCGAAGGAAACCGCCAAAGAGAAUGCGAAGGAGAUCCCUCGCAAGGCGGGCCGCAGCUCCAAGAAGGCCCUCUACGCCACCUCUCUGGCCUUCACACUGCUGGUGGGCUACAUCUACGGAACCGACACCAGAGCCAGCAUUCACAGAUACGGCAUUGUGCCUCUGAUCCGCGUACUGUACCCAGACGCAGAAGAUGCGCACCACAUGGGCGUGGACAACCUGAAGAUGCUUUACCAGUUUGGUCUGCACCCGCGCGAGCGUGGAGAGCCUGAUCGCGACGGCGCCUUGUCCACCGAGGUCUUUGGAUACAACCUCUCCAACCCCAUUGGUAUCUCCGCAGGUCUGGACAAGCACGCCGAUGUGCCCGAUGCGCUGUUCGACCUGGGCCCUGCCAUCGUCGAAGUGGGUGGCACCACCCCACUGCCGCAGGACGGAAACCCCAAGCCGCGUGUGUUCCGACUGCCCUCGCAACACGCCAUGAUCAACCGCUACGGACUCAACUCUAAGGGAGCAGACCACAUGGCUGCGGUUCUGAAGCAGCGUGUCGCUGACUUCGCCUACGCUGUCGGUUUCGGCCAGCACGACGCCUCCGAGCAGCGCGUUCUAGACGGCGAGGCCAACGUUCCUCCCGGCAGUCUGGUCCCCGGUAAGCUUCUUGCCGUGCAGGUCGCCAAGAACAAGGUCACUCCGGAUUCGGACAUCGAGGCUAUCAAGCGCGACUAUGUCUACUGCGUGGACCGGGUCGCCCGGUACGCCGAUAUCCUCGUCGUGAACGUCUCCAGCCCCAACACCCCCGGCCUGCGUGAUUUGCAAGCCACGGCCCCUCUCACCGCCAUCCUGACGGCCGUCGUGGGCUCCGCCCAGAGCGUCGAGCGCAAGACCAAGCCCUACGUGAUGGUCAAGGUCAGCCCUGACGAAGACUCCGACGAGCAGAUCUCGGGCAUCUGCGAGGCUGUCUGGAACUCUGGCGUCGACGGUGUGAUUGUCGGUAACACCACCAACCGCCGACCCGCUGCCUUGCCUCAGGGCUUCGUCCUCCCCGAUGAAGAGCAGAAGACCCUGAAGGAGACUGGUGGCUACUCCGGUCCUCAACUGUUUGACCGGUCCGUUGCCCUUGUUGCCCGCUACCGGGCUCUCCUUGACAAGGGUCCCUCCGAGCCCGAGAAUGCUGAGAAGGCCGUGUCGAACGUGGCCCGGAAGGUGAUCUUCGCUUCGGGCGGUAUCACUACCGGACAACAAGCGCAGGCGGCUCUCCAGGCUGGCGCUUCGGUGGCCAUGAUGUACACUGGCGUUGUUUACGGUGGCAUUGGCACUGUCACGCGGGUCAAGCAGGAGCUGCGCAAGGAGCUGACCAAAUAA